AUGAAUAACAUCACUUUUCCUAAUAAUAUUAGGAGAUAUAUUUUAGAACGUGGCGGUGAAGAUAGGGAUAUGGAUAUUGAAGUUGAUGCUGAUAUUGAUCUAUUUGAGAUUACCAAAUUCAAUUAUAGAACAUUAUUCGAUAAAGGUGCGAAUCAAAAUAUCAGCCAUGCAGAAAUGGUGUUUAAAUUUUUUGGAAUUGAAAGAAUAUCUGACGUGGAUUUGGAAUCUCAAAGUCAAAAAUUGUACUUUAAAGAUCCUCCAGAUGAGUGGAAAGAAUUAUUCAUCUUCUUUUGUGUUAUGCCGUUUACCGAAUAUGAAUUUGAAGGACCUGAUGGAAAUUUAUCAAACCCUGAUACCCUACGUAAGACCGGUCUGAGCCAAGCAACAGACAACAUUCUAAUUCGGACUUUUUCGGAUAUAGAGUUUGAAUCAUUCAAUGAGGAGAUUCCGGAAAGCAGAUUCGCAAAUAACUUGAGAUGUAUUUUGAGAACAGAACCAUUCUCUCAUACGUUUAGCGACGAUCAAAGAAAAAAAGUAAUUACAAAUUUGCUCUAUGUUGGUUUUCAAUCAAAGCAUAAACUUGUUAAACAUAUCGGAUCAAUGGAGGAAAUUGCCUAUAGAGAUAACUUUAAAGAAUAUUUAUUU